AUGGAUGGAGAGGACGACGAAGGAAAAAACGAGAAAGGUCUGGCGAAAUCGUUGACACUCUUCAGUGGUGUCUCCAUCAUCGUCGGAUGCAUAAUCGGUUCCGGAAUUUUCGUCUCACCCACGGGAGUUCAAGAGCAAGCCGGUUCCGUUGGUAUGUCGCUAAUAGUGUGGACGGCUUCCGGUGUUUUUACAGCGAUCGGGGCUUACUGUUACGCUGAAUUGGGCACUCUCAUAAAGAAAUCAGGUGGCGACUAUGCAUAUAUUAUGGAGGCAUUUGGUCCGUUUCCAGCGUUUGUAAGACUAUGGAUCGAAGCGAUUGUAGUGAGGCCAUGUACGGUAACAAUUGUGGCGUUGACAUUUGCCAUUUACAUCCUCCGACCGUUCUAUCCAGACUGUGAUCCACCAAGCGGAGUACCUGAACUGCUGGCUGUUCUCUUGAUUGUUCUCAUGACGGCAAUUAAUUGUAUAUCGGUAAGAGUAGCGACGUUCGUGCAAGACUUCUUCACGAUUGCCAAGGUCUUCGCACUGUUGCUGAUCAUCGGCACCGGGACGGUGCUGCUACUUACAGGAAAGUCAGAAUAUCGUGAAUCGUUCGAAAACAUCUUUGAAAACACAUCUCGUGAUUUCUCUACUAUAUCGAUUGCAUUUUACUCAGGACUAUUUGCAUAUUCAGGAUGGAAUUUUCUGAAUUUCAUCGUGGAAGAGCUACAGAAUCCUAAACGAGAACAACUUCCGUUUAGCAAUCUUCCAUUAGCAAUUGCGAUUUCGAUUUCAACAUGUACCAUCAUCUAUGUCUUGACCAAUGUCGCUCUUUACACCGGUAUUUCUCCGGAUGAAAUGUUGGAGAGCCCGGCUGUAGCAGUGCUGUUCGCCAACAGAUUUUUCGGUCCGCUUGCAUUCUGUAUGCCGUUGUUUGUUGCAUGCUCAACCAUCGGAACUGCAAAUGGUUUGAUCUUCACUUCUUCAAGGUGA